GGCAAUUGCGAAACGUUGUGGCAACGCCUCCCCUACUUGCAACUUUUGUGUAAAUCAAUACAUGUUGAAACAGGUAAAGGCACAAAUUUUUCAGUUCAUCUAAAUUGCCACAGAUCGAGGCAGCACAGCACGGCAGCAGAACAGUCCCAUCCAGAACAGCGACAUGGGCGUUCCCAAGUUCUUUCGCUACAUCAGCGAGCGAUAUCCGUGCCUCAGCGAGUUGGCGCGGGAGCACAGCAUACCCGAGUUCGACAAUCUGUACUUGGACAUGAACGGCAUUGUCCACAAUUGCUCGCAUCCGGACGACAACAACAUUCACUUUCACCUGGAGGAGCAGCAGAUAUUCCAGGAAAUCUUCAACUACGUAGACAAGCUGUUUUACCUGAUCAAGCCGCAGCGCCUCUUCUUCCUUGCCGUCGACGGAGUGGCUCCCCGGGCCAAGAUGAACCAGCAGCGCAGCCGGCGAUUCCGGUCGGCGCGCGAGGCGGAGCAGCUGGAGACCAAGGCGGCCCAGCGAGGCGAGUGGCGGGAGCACGAGCGCUUCGACAGCAACUGCAUCACUCCGGGCACCGUAUUCAUGGGGCGUCUGCAGAAGGGGCUGCGCGCCUUUCUCAAAACGAAGAUUUCGACGGAUCCGCUGUGGCAGCGUUGCAGCGUUAUCCUGAGUGGCCAGGAGGUGCCCGGCGAGGGCGAGCACAAGAUCAUGGAUUACAUUCGGUACAUGAAGGCGCAGCCGGACUUUGAUCCCAACACACGGCACUGCAUUUACGGCCUGGACGCCGAUCUGAUCAUUCUGGGCCUCUGCACCCACGAGCUACACUUCGUGGUGCUGCGCGAGGAGGUCAAGUUCGGGCGCAAUGUGAAGCGCACCUCGGUGGAGGAGACGCGCUUCUUCCUGCUCCACCUGGGUCUGCUGCGCGAGUACCUCGAGCUGGAGUUCGACGCCCUGAGAACGGUCGAGCACAAAUUGGACGUUGCCCAGCUCAUCGACGACUGGGUGCUGAUGGGCUUUUUGGUCGGCAACGACUUCAUUCCCCACCUGCCGUGCCUGCACAUCUCAUCCAACGCACUGCCGCUGCUCUACCGCACCUACAUCCGAAUUUACCCGACCCUCGGCGGCAACAUCAACGAGAACGGCAAGCUCAACCUGCGCCGCUUGCAGAUUUUCAUGUCGGCCCUCACCGAGGUGGAGCUGGAGCACUUCAAGGAGCACGCUGACGAAAUCAAGUACAUGAACUCCAAAACAGAUACGUUCGACACGGACGUCGACGAGAUCACCGAGUCACAGAACCACGACUCCGACCUCGGAGCCCUCAUCAACAAGAGCAUGAUGCUCUACGAUGAUGACAGCGAGGAGGACUGUUCCGACGAGGCGGUUCUUCUGAAGGAGUUCGAGAACUACAAGCGAAACUUCUACCGCAACAAGUUCAAGCGGGAUCCGCAGAGCGACCUGCUCGAGGAACUGGGCCACCACUACGUCAAUGCGCUGCAGUGGGUGCUCGACUACUACUACCGUGGCGUGCAGUCCUGGGACUGGUACUAUCCCUUCCACUACUCUCCAUUCAUCAGCGACCUCAAGAACAUUGAGCAGGUGGAGAUCGCCUUCCACUUGGGCACGCCCUUUCUUCCAUUCCAGCAGCUUCUGGCGGUGCUGCCGGCGGCCAGUGCGAAGCUGCUCCCCGUCGCCUACCACGACCUCAUGCUGCUGCCGAGCAGCCCUCUGGCCGAUUUCUAUCCGCUGGAGUUCGAGAGCGACCUCAACGGCAAGAAACACGAUUGGGAGGCGGUUGUGCUGAUACCCUUCAUCGACGAGCGUCGGCUGCUGAACGCCAUGCUGCCAUGCGAGGCGCAGCUGUCGCUGGAGGAGCGCGAACGCAACCAACACGGCCCCAUGUAUGUGUACAAAUACAGUCCGGAGGCGCAGGGUACCAUGCCAGAGUGUCCUCCGUUGAAGGCCCUUCCCGUGCUCUACUGCUCGGAGGUGGCCAAGUGGUCGCACGAAAUCGCAGUCAAUCUGCCGUACAGCGUUUGCAUCGAGCUGCCAAAUGCGGCGAGGAAGGUCUUCUUCCCGGGAUUUCCCACCAUGCAGCAUCUGCCCUUCGACUUCGAGCUGCGCAACGACCGCGUCAAGGUGUUCGAACAGGUCAGUCGCAACCAGAACAUCGUGCUGAAGCCACGCAAGAGCCCGCUGGAGGACACCCUGGAGGCGGUGGCCUCCCAGUACCUGGGGAAGGUGAUACACAUCGGCUGGCCGCAUCUCGUCAAGGCGAUGGUGGUGCGCGUGGCCACGCGAGAUCAGCGCGUCGACAGCGAUGGAAUCGCGCCAAACGAUUCGCGGCGUUUCGACUCGGAGUGCAAGGCGCUUCAGGAACACUUUAUCACUCGUAUGGGAAUACAGUUUGCCAACUAUGAUGUGCUCGUCUAUGUGCGCACCUUUGCCGGCAACUCGACGGAGUUCCACGCCAAGGGGGACCUGGUAGUGCGCGACUCGUGGAGCAGAUCCGUCACCGGCCAUCCUGCCCAGGGCGUGGUGGCCAAUCUAAAUGUGUGGGAGAAAUCGAGCAAACAUAUCCUCAACGUGGAGCACUACUUCCCCGUUGGCAGUUCGAUCUUCUUGAUCACGGAUCCGUAUUACGGCAGCGAGGGAACUGUGCAGGACCCACGCCUGGCCUACACCAAUGGCCGCAUUCAGGUCAGCAUCAUGGUGCAACCGGAACCGAAAGUAAAGGCGGCACGUCAGCUGCAGGAAGAGCGGGACCGGGACUACCUGUCCACCUACCAGGUCUGCCACUUGCUCAAAAUCAGUGGCCGCGCCCUGGGACGCCUAACUGGUACCGUGUGGGUGGUGCUCGGUCCGCGGCGUCAGAAGAUGGAAAACGUGACCAAGCACAACAUUGGCCUGCAGCUCAAGUAUCCGCGGCAGAACGAGGAGCGUGCCGGGUAUUGCUGCCGCAUGAACAACCAGUGGUACUACUCCAGCCUGGCCCUGGAUCUGAUGCACGACUAUUGCCAGCGUUACCCAGACGUUAUCGCCUUCUUCGGUAUCUCCAACGACCGCGCCGAGUUCGUUUUCGAACAGGACGUGUUCCCCACUGCGGUUGGCCAUCGCCGCGUCGAGGAUCUGGCCAACUGGGUGCGACAGCAGCCGCACAUGAAAGUGGAGCGCGUCUCCUGCGGCUCCAAGACGGUCUGCCGCGAGACCGUCCAGCUUCUGAUAGCCGCCGUCGACGAGUUGCGCUCACUGCCCGUCAAGCACGUUAAGCUGCAGGUGAAGCCGCACUUGCUCAUCAAGCCCAAUGUCACACUGCCAGACGUCUACCGAAAGCGCGCGGUGCGUCUCUUCGAUCGCGUCGUAAUCGUACGCUCCAUUUACAUGGUGCCCGUGGGCACUAAGGGCACCGUGAUUGGCAUUAAUCCCGUUACGGACCCCAACCCGGUGCGCUUUGAGUGCGUCCAUGUUGUCGACAACUUCUACGAGGUGCUGUUCGACAAGCCCGUUCCGAACUGCAACGACAUCCACGGCAUCGCCGAAGACCGAGUCUACAAGGUGCCCGAAAUUGCCCUGGUGAUCAUCAAGACGGACGAGGAAGCAGAGAAGCAGAACGACAACGCACUGACUGUGAGGGAUACUGAGCCGAACCAGGCACAGGACGAGCCAGUCCGUGCGACCAGCAGUCGCUAUGUGACUGCCGCAGGGUCCACCUGGGUCCCGAUCACGAUGAAGACCCAAAUUCGCGACGAAUUCGUCAAGACGCGCGGCGACCCGAUAGCCCGUACGGAUUCAUACAAGUCAUCGCCGGAGCCAAAACCGGUGCCGCCGGAGCAGAUUACCAACUGGCGGGAACGCGUCAGUACGCCAACAACCAAACCGCAGUCUUCGCCAAAUAAUUGGCGCCAAAAUCGGUCAUCAUCACGUCAACAGGGCGGUAGUUUUAUGGUUGCUUCGCUCACCAAAGCUCCUGAUGCAGCUGCAAGCACAGCUUUCACUGCAUUCUCUGCAGCCACGUCCGCAACGGUGGCACCUCAGGAUCCGACCUUGGCGCUCAUGACGGUUUUGGGCGUGGGGGAGGAUAAGGCCGCGACGCCACCACAGAAGGCGGUGCAGCAGCAACGUCCGCCAAUACUUCUACAGCAAAAAGCUCCGUUUCCCGGACAAAUGCCCAAUCUACCCAAGCCACCGCUUUUCUGGCAGCAAGAGGCACAACAGCAUGAGGCGCAGCAGCAGAAGGCACAGAAGCAGGAGCAUAAGCCGCAGAUGCAGCAGCAGGCGCGGGCGCACGUGGACACCCAGCAUUUCUACAGAAGCGGCCAGACAGGAGCGGCGUUAAAUCAGCCGCCAUUGGGUGGUCCACCAAAAAGGCAGUGGCAUCAGUGGGUAAACGGGCGCACGCAGCACGCCAACGCAUUCCACGCUGGCGUCGACAAUGGAAAUCAUAUGCGCCCCAACAAGAAUAAAGCUGCGCAGAGCACCUUUAACAACAACGUGCGCAUGCAUCUCCAGCAGCCAUACUACCCGAAUCAGCAGCAGCCUCUCCAGCAGCGGCCGCUCCAGCAGCAGCCACUCCAGCAGCAGUCACUCCAGCAGCAGCCACUCCAGCUGACUGAGUUCAACAAUGCGCCACCGCGAUACUCAACGAUCAAAGAUUUUGUGCCCAUACAGGCGUACCGUCCCAAGAAAUUAAAUCGCGUCAAACCAGCCGGUCGUCAGGACGUCGAUGCCACCAAGAAUCUUUGUCCUUCGUCUGUGUUGCAGCAACCUACGAACGAGACCAUAGACACAAAGAACAGUUCUAGUCUUCCUGUACAAUCAGCAGGCGAACAGGCGACCAUACUGAUGCAAACGCUCAAAAUUCAGCAGCCGGCUACGUCGCAGUCCGAAUCUGAUGGGGUCUCAACAGGCGGUGCGAGCGCUCCCACAGCAUCGACAUCCCAGGCGGUCAAGAAAAGGAAGCCUCGAGUGCCUCGCAUCGGAGCCAAGUUCGACUUGGAAUACAUACUGCCCGACGCCCCGCGACCCCCUUAAGAGCGAACAAGCGCCUAUUUUUAGGUUCAAAUCCCACCCACCAGCUGAAGAAACGCAACGCUAUUUGGACCUUAUAUCACCUUAUUUCCAUCUCCUAGUCCCCGUGCGAGGCACUGGAAUUGCCGCACACGAUAGACCUUUUUUUAAGAGUUACGGAUUAAGUGAAUACUGAAAUGAGACUGACUCAUCUUUAUAUUUUUUUCAUUCGGCUUUUCGGCUGCAUUGUGUAAAUUAGCUUCUAAUUUAUAAGAUUUAUUAUUUUCUGAAUAAAGCUGUAAGUGCCACGCAGUCUGUGGCUAAUUUCAAAUGUA